AUGGUCUCCGAGCUUCUGAACGGCGUGUGCCCGCAAACGUGCAACGGAUGUCCUCAGUACAUCGCACCGCCACAGUCAGUGGUGUUAACUCUGCCGGUGCCACAGAAUCGUUUGUCUGGUCCAGUCCUCACACAGGCGUCUGGUCCUUGUUGUCAACCGCCACAAGUGCAGAGUGUCACCUGGUUGAAUCAGCCGGCAUGGACGAAUGGCGCCCCAGGUCCGAUCCCGACGAGCUUCCAGAACCCGAUGUACAAUCCGAACAACGCACCUUAUCUCCAGCCGAGCACCGUGCGACCGGCUUCUCCGCAAAACGGGAAUCAGGCUCCUCCACUCACCCAGGGUCCACAGGCAGCCACUUAUAACUACAAUCAAGCGAAUGCAGGGUAUUCAACCCCAACAAUCAACCCAUCCACUCAACAACCCUUUCCAACAAUCAACCAAGGGUCAAUCCCAGUCAAUGGUGGAUACAGUACCCAAAACGGGAAUCAGGGUUUCUCCACCCCGUCACCCUACAAUGGUCUAAAUGCUGGCUACAGUACUUCUGGACAGGCUCCAUUCAACGGCCAAACAAUCCCUCCAUCCUACAACGCUGUCAAUGAUCAAUAUCUACAAGGACAAAACAGCAAUGGAGCUGUGCCAACGGGCUACAAUGGAGCGAAUCAGUUCAAUGGGCAAUCGGUGAAUCCAAACGACGGAGAGUACACAAACACUUUUGAAGGGACAUUUGUCGGACCAGCGAAUCCACAAUUGAAUGGACAAGGAAAUUUCGAUGAAACCCUUGGAAAUGGAGGUCUCAAUGGACAGGGGAAUGCCGGGAACACGAAUGGGAAUAUCGGCGUCUUUCCAACGCAAAAUGGGCAAAAUGGCGAAAAUGGCGAAAAUUUCGCAAAUUUCGCAAAUCAACAGAUUUCCGACUCAUUUCAAGGCCAACCAAACCAAAACGGAAACCCAAACGGAAAUCCAUCGAACGGAAAUCCUCAAUUUCUCCAAGAUCCCACUCAAAUCAGUCAAAAUCAAGGACAGACCCAAGCACCCUUCAUCUACAGUACGAUUCAUCCAAAUGACGGCAAUAAUCCAGUGGAAUACCCGGUGACAGCCACGGCAAACAAUCAGCCAUUCACCCAGCCGCCAAAUCAAUUUCAAUACUCGACACAGUACAAUCCGAAUGCGCAACUCAAUCAACAAUUCCCGACAACGAUUGGCCCGAAUGGGAUGAGCGUUUCGCAGUUUGAUUCACAGUUUCAAACGACUGCCAGCACUAAUUAUGGACCGAUUGCAGCUGCCGGAGCUGCUGGAGCGGCUGCUGGAUCGCUUUUAUAUGGAUCUACAACAACACAACGUCCAACGAAUAGACCGACAACGACGCAAGGCCGCACUACCGUAACCCCAUUUGGACAGGAUGGGAGUGGGCAAUUCGUGCAAACAUCCAAUACACAGAAUAAUCGUGUCACCCAAACGACCACUUUCCCCCCAGCGACGUUUAGACCGACACAAACCCCGUUCAUGGAUUCGAAUCAGUUUCCUGGGUCAACACAGGGCGAAUUCUCUGACGGAUCUCCGCUCAACGCUCAGCACUCGGAUAUGAACUUUCAAUACUCAAAAGGUGCUGAUGGUGGCUCAACGCUAUCCCCGCAAAUGAUCGGCUCCAGUCAGCCAUUCUCCAUGGAUCAAGCUCAAUCCAGCACCUUUUCACCGUUUUUUUCAACGGGUGGAACGAAUACGGCCAAUCGUCUCUACGAUCACGGUGAUAUGAACACGCAAUAUGGACGAUACGAGUCAACACAGAAUGGAGGUGUUUUGGGUGGUGUUGGAGUGGGAAAUGGGACAACGGUGGUGGUGAGUCGAUCCACGGAUGGAGGGAAUGGGACGAGUGGGGUAACGAGUGCUGAAACGAGUACUGUGACGACCGUCAGGGACGAGAGCUGGGAUCACAGGUUUGCUGUGAGAGACGUGUACUUUGUGCUUUCACGAACAAAACCCCAUUGGCAUCCUGAUCCUGGAAACUGGCAUCCUGGAGCGCUGAAUGUCUACCGC